CAGAGAGGCACAGACGCAGACCUGGCGAGGGAGCAGCAGCAGUAGUAAAUAAACAGGAGGACCGAAGACGGAGAGAAAGGGGAGGCAGAGAGCAGUGAGAGGAGGGAGUGAGAAGAAUCACGAGGUGGCUACACCAUCUGCUGCCAGAGGGAGAAACAUGUUAGCCAUUCAGACGAGAGCAGGCGGGCAGCCUGCGAUCUGCAGUGAGACACACACAGCCCCUCCUGAAUGACAGGCAACAUGAAGAGUCUGCAGCUGAAGGAGAGGAGAGCUUCCAGGAAGAGGUAACAUAUCGAGAUCAGGGCCUUUUGUCAUUUUGAUCGAUGGACUGAUUGCUUUGUUUUUAUGGUUUAAGCCAGCGAUUAGGAGCCGAUCAUUACGAGGACCACAGAGACGUCACGCUCACUACCAGAGGGCCAAAUUGGACCAAGCACUCCAACCACAAGUUUAUACAAGAGUUAUGAUUGCUGAUUAAAUUGAAUUUUUACCUUUUCUGACUCUUGAACUCAUUGUAGCAUUUACAGUUGAUAUCAGAUUAUAACAUACUGCACCUCUCUGUCUGCUCUCAAGCAUUUAAACCGUACGGGAGAUUGUAUUUAAUGACUACAUUUAACAUUGUGUUUACACAUGGAUGCCUUUUUUUAUUUACUUAUUUACUCUUGUUUUUCAGACUGGAUGAACACAUUUCUGUGGAGGCCCGUCAUGUCAAAAUCUGAUCAAUGAGCAGCAUCUCGUCUCCGAAUGAAAACCACUGACAUCAGUCAUCUGGAAGAAACACACUGACAGCACAAUCACCACAGGCGCCUGUCUCAUUUUUACAGCUUCGCCCAAAGCUGUACGUCUUUCGGGAAAAUCAGGGUCGUAGCCCCAAUGAUGCACACUCCGGCCUCCAUGGUGAUGGGGAUCGUCUUCGCCCCCCUGGGACUGGUCCUCGUCUUCACGGCGGCCAUCACCCCUCAGUGGAGGGAGGGACAGGCGCGUCUGGGCGUCGGGGGGCCGGGAGCCAAAGGUCAGGGGCUGGGCGGCCGGUCCGGCUCCGUGGAGGCGCUGCUCCUGCUGCGGUCCGACGGGCUGUGGGAGAGCUGCCUGCAGGUGGAGCGCUCCGAGCUGAAGCACUGCUGGCCCGUCGUCGGUCCGUACAAGUGGGACCCCCGGGUCCGCCUGGCGCAGGGCUUGGUGCUCACCUCCCUGUUCCUGUGCGGCACCGGCAUCGUCCUGGCCUGCAUCGGGGUUCGCUGCUGGACAGAUCUGCCCCUCAGGGGAGUGGCAGCCUCCGGGGGGCUGCUGGUGGUGACGGCGGGGCUGCUGAGCCUGACGGCUCUGGGCGUGUACACACACAACCUCAGAGGACUCGGGGUGGAUCCGGGCCGAAGGAUCAGCAGCCCCAGGUUCCCCCACCUCAGCCUGCACCCGGCGGGCUCGCUCUACUUCGGCUGGCUGGGCUCCUGCCUGCAGGUGCUGGGGGGCGGCGCCCUGCUGUUCAGCUUCAAGCGGCCCAGAUGCCCCACCUGCCCGUCCCGUCCCGAGCUGCCCGUCUGCCCCGCCUGCAGCUCCUGCCCAGAAAUCACCAACAAGACCGACAUGGACGUGUACGAAGUCAGCUGUUAGAAACUAAAGACGUGCUUCUACAUGAGGGUUAACUUUUGAAAACUGUCAAUCUGCAGUUCAGAAAUGAAAUGGCUGUCAUUGUGGCGACGGCACUGAGUGGAAUCAGAAGCUUUCUGUGUGUAAAUACCAAGGAAAGUAAUAAGUCUGAAGGAGAAAGAUUCAACUUCCUGCUGCCUUUAACUGCCAAUCGUAGUGUAAAGAGUAUUGCUUUAUAAUGCCUUUUACAUUACAGCCAUGCAUUUGUACUGUU